AUGUUGCCACUAUACGAAUGCAAACAGUUUUCAAAAUGCAACGAAUAUUCUGGUCAAUGUGAGUGCAGAGAUGGCUUUGGUGGUGUAGACUGUUCUCAGCCUUUAUGUGGUGCAUUAUCCGAUGGCAAUCUAUAUCGUCCCAUUCGUAACGACACUGAAGGUUCUUGCGAUUGUAAAGAAGGCUGGAGUGGUAUAAACUGCAACCUUUGUUUAGUCGACGAUAUUUGCGAUCCCUUUAUGCCCGACGGUUUAAAAGGUACUUGCUACAAAAAUGGUAUGAUCGUCAACAAAUUCAACCAAAUGUGUGAUGUUACAAACAAGAAAAUCGUUCAAAUCUUACAAGGAAAAAAACCCCAAGUUACUUUCAGUUGCAACAAAACUUCCGAUGCCUGUGAGUUCCAAUUCUGGAUUGCUGAAAGAGAAAGUUUCUACUGCGAUUUGUCAAAUUGUGAAUUUGAAUACGAUCUACUUAAAAACAAAACUCACUAUAACUGCAAAGAUGCUAGAUGCAAGUGUUUGCCUGACAGAAUGCUUUGUGGCGAAGAUGGCUCAAUCGACAUCUCAGAUUUCCUAACUGAAACAAUCAAAGGUCCUGGCGAUUUUUCUUGUGAUUUAGAGAAGAAAACUUGCAUCUUUUCGGAACCAAGCAUGAAUGAUUUAAUCUCAAACGUAUUUGGUGAUCCCUAUAUCACUUUACAUUGCGAAUCCGGUGAAUGCAUUCACUACUCUCAAAUUCCUGGCUACCAUUUACCUGAAAAAAAAAAAUUAUCCAUUUAUGGUUUGUUGUUAAUUUCUUUAUCCGCUGUUGGUACCCUCGGCUUUUUCUUUCUAGCUGUUCAAUUUAUCAAAAAAUCUCCUUUAUUCAAUGGCAAUGGUAUUGAAUUGAACUCCGAUGAUGACGAUGAAAGUAAUACCCUAAUCAAUAACCAUAUCCCCGUUUCCUUAACCUUUGAAAACGUUUCUUAUUCAAUAAUAGAUAAAUCUAUUCUUAAAAACGUUUUUGGUUAUGUUAAACCAAGAGAAAUGUUAGCCAUAAUGGGUGGAUCCGGUGCAGGUAAAACAACUUUAUUAGAUAUCUUAGCCGGAAAAAAUAAAGAUGGUACAAAAUCUGGCAAAAUACUAAUCAAUGGCCAAGAAUUAAAUCAACGCAAUUACAAAAAAAUUAUUGGCUUUGUCGACCAAGAAGACUACUUGAUUCCAACUUUAACUGUUUAUGAAACUGUUUUAAACUCUGCACUUUUAAGGUUACCAAGAUCAAUGUCAAUUCAUGCUAAAAAAUUAAGAGUCUUGGAAGUUUUAUCCGAAUUAAGAAUCUUGGGUAUAAAAGACCGUAUUAUAGGCUCCGAUUUCCAAAGAGGAAUCUCCGGUGGUGAAAAAAGAAGAGUUGCAAUUGCUUGUGAAUUAGUAACUUCUCCUUCAAUUCUUUUCUUAGAUGAACCAACUUCAGGCUUGGAUUCUUACAAUGCAAGAAAAGUCGUGGAAUGUUUAGUAAGAUUAUCCAGAGAUUAUCAACGAACAAUCGUUUUCACUAUUCACCAACCAAGAAGUAAUGUUGUUGCUUUGUUUGACAAAUUGCUUUUAUUAUCUGAAGGUAAUGUUGUAUAUUCCGGUGACAUGAUUAAAUGUAAUGACGUCUUUGCCAACAUGGGCUACAAGUGCCCCAAUGGCUAUAACAUUGCUGAUUAUUUAAUCGAUAUAACAUCAGAUUCAAUCACCAACAACUCUAAACCUUCAGUUCACUCUACAAAUGAUGUUGAUGAAGAAAAUCUCUUGACUGGAAAUAAUGAAGAGCGCGAUAUUGACUUGAUUCACUCUGCCUUGGCCAGAAAUGAUACCGCCACUUCUAACACCCAAUUAGAGUGGGCUCAUUAUGCUGCUCAUCGUGAAGAAAUUAUCAAUUUAACAGGAAAUCACGAAGAUAGUACCAGCUCCAGUACUGAACCAUCAUUAAUUAAAAAUAAACCAGUUGAUGGCUCUAAAUUAAGUAAUCUCUUCAACUCCUCUGUCUCUGCUGAAGAAAUUCAUUUGAAAAUUGAAAACAUCAAUAAAAGUUACAUUGAAAACACUGCUUCUUUGUUAAUAUUUAAAAAUAACUAUUUAAAGGCUACUAUAUUUAAUCAAGUUAUUAUUUUAUGCUCUAGAACAUUCAAAAACUUGUACAGAAACCCAAGACUAUUGCUAUUAAACUAUAUAUUAAAUGUUUUGAUGGCAUUUUUUAUUGGAUUUUUGUAUUUUGAUGUUUCAAAUGACAUUAGUGGAUUCCAAAAUAGAUUGGGUUUAUUCUUUUUCGUCUUGUCAUUUUUCGGUUUCACAACUUUAACUGGUUUACAUUCAUUUUCAAUUGAAAGAAUUAUUUUUCUUAGAGAGAGAUCAAAUAACUAUUAUCAUACAGUCAGUUAUUUCAUCAGCAAAAUUCUUUGUGAUGUUUUGCCAUUAAGGCUAUUCCCUCCAAUAAUACUAUUAUGUAUUGUAUAUCCAUUGGUCGGGUUAAAUAUGGAAAAUAAUGGCUUUAUUAAGUGUUGCAUUAUUUUGAUUUUAUUUAACCUCACAACAUCAAUGGAAACCUUAAUCAUCGGCAUCCUAAUCAAAGAAAGUGGUAAUGCAACAAUGAUUGGUGUUUUAGUUUUAUUAUUUUCAAUGCUUUUCUCUGGGUUAUUCAUUAAUAACGAUUCUUUAACUACAAAUAUCAAUUGGCUAAAAUACUUGUCAACAUUUCACUAUGGCUAUGAGAGUUUGACUAUCAAUGAAGUUAAAAGUUUGAUAUUAAGAGAAACUAAAUAUGGCAUAAAUAUUGAAAUUCCUGGUGCAACAAUUUUGAGCACGUUUGGUUUCAAUGUUGCUCAUUUAUGGAUGGAUAUUUAUUUUUUGAUUGGUUGGUUUUUUGUUUUCUUAACAGCAGCAUAUCUAUCUUUACACUUUUUUGUUGUAGAAAGAAGAUAG